ACUUAACCCAAUCUACUCUCUCGCUCUCUACUCACCAGGGAAGAAUGACAUCUUUGGAGAAAUGAUCCAUCUGUACUCCAAGCCUGGGAAGUCCAAUGCGGACGUCAGAGCCCUGAGUUACUGUGACCUGCACACGAUCCAGAGGGAAGAUCUCUUGGAGGUGCUUGACAUGUACCCUGAGUUCGCAGAUUUUUUCCGGAAAAAUCUGGAGCUGACAUUUGACCUCAGAGACGAGAAUGGCAAGGCUGCGUAUUCUCACGUUAGUGAUUCCGAUCCAGAAGAUGUUAAGAGCACAAAGAGCGCAAGAAGAAUCUCCUUCACACCACAUCCAACUAAAGGAGGAAGCAACAAGGAAACGGAAAACAGCUCGGAGAGGGAGUCCUACUCAGGACUAAAGAGAGCUUCAGUUGACCUGAAACACUCAGGGAAGGAGGAGCAGAGGUCCCUGGGGCCAGCCAUCCAGGGGUGUCCCUCGGUGGAAGACCCUGCACUGGGGCUCGACUCCAGUAACACCAGAGACAUCCAGGCACGAGACAGCAUGGAGAGAACUCCCUCUUAUGACAAUAACAUUGAUGUGUGCAAUGACAAAUGGGACUGCGAGAAGCCCCAAGACUACCUGGAUGAGUCAGCACAAUUGCAGGACCUGAGGGGCGAGGAUGACGACACCAGUGAAAUUACAUACGGAGAGGUGGAGCAUCGCUUAGAUCAGCUCCAAGAGCACUUAAACAGAUUGGAGUCCCAGAUGACAUCAGAUAUUCAGACCAUCCUGCAGCUCCUGCAGAGGCAGUCUACCCUGGGACCUCCUGCCUAUAGCACUGUGACUGCCAGUCCAGACUAUCAAAGGCCUGCAGUUAGGGGUCAGCCAAUCGCUGCUUUGACCAGCAGCCAUUGCUUCAGCCAUUCAUCACCACAAAGUCCUGAACUUAACUUGGAGAGGAGCCAUCAGGAAUUCAAAGACUCGGUGUCAGGCUUGGCUUAUAUGGAUGAUUCACCCAGAGAGGACAGCCUUACAGUACUACUUGUGCAAAGACACACAUACAACAAACCCAACACGGGGCAUCAGCAUUCCAAAUCUAGGCCAGUCUCAGACCCAGGGCCUCCAAGGCCAUAGAGCUACACUACCGGUCAAAAGUUUUAGAACACCUACCCAUUCAAGGGUUUUUCUUUGUUUUUACUAUUUUCUACAUUGUAGAAUAGUAAUGA